UUCAGGAAGCGCGAACGCUUAAGGGUCCCGGGAAGGGCUAAGUCUUGCCCAGGGUCACAUAGCCUCCGCUGUCUGAGGGCCACUAGGCCGGAGGCGAGGUGCUGCCGGGGGCCAGGGAGGAGAGGAGAGGGGACACUUAAGAUGGAGGGAAAACGGACAAUUCAGUUGAAGUCUGCUCCCUGCCUCUGCCCAGCACUGCACUCCCCCAGCCCCUGAUUUUUAUGUCUGGACAAUGGGAUGGUUGCUCCUGGUCCUUUUGCCGACCCUCAAGGCUCUGGUGGUGGAAGUUUCAGGAGUGGGGGUGAGUCGGGAGCGCCCCCUCCCCCCGCCACCACACGAAGCUCACACAUCCAGAUGCAAGUCCGCCCCCAGAAAGCCGGGCACCUAACUCCGAGAUGCACGCUUGACAGUCAGUCUUGACCCACUGAAGUAUAUACUUUCAUCCCCAUUUACACCUGGACACACAGCUUCGCAGAUUUGUGACCCGUCAAGGUCAUACAGCUCCUAAGGGGCAGAACAGGCUCUGCAUGUAACCAUGAGUGCAGUCUCAUCCCUUAGUGAUACUUGGGAGAUGGACAGUGCUGGGUGUGUCUCAGGUGUUUAGUAAACGCCAUCUGUCAUUAGCCUUGUUCCUGUCCCGAUUUUACAGAGGAGAGACAGAGUGAAGAGAAGCCGAAUAAAUUACCUAAAUUACAGCUAGAGCCAGGGUGUUGCACACUUGAAUCCCAGAUCACAACACCUACAUCCUGCCCCCCGGCCCAUCUGCAUAGUCAGUUCUCAGGAGAACCAAAGCCUGGAGUUCAAAUACGUUCAGUCCUGCCCUGAACAGCGCUUACUAACCCCUCCCAGGUGUGAGAGGUUCUGGGCUCCAGUGUGAUGCUCUCGUAUCUGGGAAGUUGGAGUCUUGAGCUGGCCCUGCCAGCUGAGAAGUGUGUCCCGAGGUGGUACCUCAAUGUGUUAUUUCCUGCUGACUCCAUCCUAGGAAGGUUACUCUGCCCUGCCACAGUAGGGCAGGGGGAGGGUUUAAGAGGCCUUGGAAGGGAGGAGUGGAGUACUUUCUGACCCUGAGGGAAGCAGCCUGCUGUCCCGGUGUCUGGGUAGGUAGGAACCCUGAUUGAGCGGGGCCCCAGCAGGAAAUGAUGACCACACCCUCCUCUUCCUGUCUUAGCCUGCCUAAGCCUGUCCCAUCUGCAGAGGCCUGGAGGGGGAAGCUGGAAUGGAACAUCAAAUGCCUUGCUUGGAAAGAACAGGAUUUGAGUCUCUCCCUGGCCUUUAUCUCCUUGGUGUGAUCUAGAGCGACCCUGAAUCUCCGUGGGCCUUUUGUGACACUGCGUCAUUCAUACCACCUCUCACCUCAGUUUCCUCAUCUGGAGAACAAGGCAGACACUGGCAUCUAGCCAUUGUGAGGUGAUGGUCAGGAUGGGACUCACCAGACCUGGCAGGAUACCCUAGGGUUGUGAGCCCCGGCCCAGCCCUUCUGCCUCCCUGCCCCCCUGAUGCGACCAUGGGCUCUGGCAGUGACUAGGUGGCCACCCUCUGCCCCUGUGGGUCAACGGCAGCUCUCCGCAGGACCCAGAAGUGCUCCAGGCCAGCUCUGGGAGAGUCCUACCAGGGCCUCCUCUCUGUGGUACAGGCCCGGCCACCAGGGCCCCCUGGCCAGCCUGCCUGCCCAGGAUGAGCACUUACCCUCCCAGCAGCCGCUGCCCCGACCUCCACACCUCCCCGUAGAGGAGCACCGAGCCUCGGCUCCUGCCGGCGGGAGCCCCCGAAUGCUGCACCCAGCCACCCAGCAGAGCCCGUUCAUGGUUGACCUCCACGAGCAGGUGCACCAGGGACCCGUCCCUCUCUCCUACACAGUCACUACAGUGACCACCCAAGGCUUCCCCUUGCCUGCAGGCCAACACAUCCCUGGCUGCAGUGCCCAGCAGCUCCCAGCAUGCUCCGUGAUGUUCAGCGGGCAGCACUACCCCCUGUGCUGCCUCCCACCCCCGCAGCUGAUCCAGGCGUGCACCAUGCAGCAGCUCCCUGUGCCGUACCAGACCUACCCCCACCUCAUCUCCAGUGACCACUACAUCUUGCACCCUCCACCGCCGGCCCCACCCCCGCAGCCUGCCCACAUGGCACCUCUUGGGCAGUUUGUGUCACUGCAGACCCAGCACCCACGUAUGCCCCUGCAGCGGCUCGAUAAUGAUGUGGACCUGCGGGGGGAUCAGCACCCCUUGGGUGGCUUCAGUUAUUCCACUUCUGCCUCUGGCCCAGCUUUGUCUCCCUCUGUGCCCCUGCACUACCUGCCCCAUGACCCGCUGCACCAGGAGCUGUCCUUCGGUGUGCCGUAUUCCCACAUGAUGCCGCGGAGACUGAGCACCCAGAGAUACCGCCUACAACAGCCACUGCCCCCGCCACCGCCACCACCACCUCCACCACCUUAUUACCCCAGCUUCCUGCCCUACUUCCUCUCCAUGCUGCCAAUGUCACCAACUGCGAUGGGGCCCACCAUCAGCCUGGAUCUGGAUGUGGAUGACGUGGAGAUGGAGAACUAUGAGGCCCUCCUGAACCUGGCCGAGCGGCUGGGAGAUGCCAAGCCCCGAGGCCUCACCAAAGCAGACAUAGAGCAGCUCCCGUCUUACCGCUUUAAUGCGGACAGCCAUCAGUCAGAGCAGACGCUGUGUGUGGUCUGCUUCAGUGACUUUGAGGCCCGGCAGCUGCUCCGAGUCCUCCCCUGUAACCAUGAGUUCCACGCCAAGUGUGUCGACAAGUGGUUGAAGGCCAACCGGACGUGUCCCAUUUGCCGGGCUGAUGCCUCCGAGGUGCCCAGAGAGGCUGAGUGAGGCCCCACAGCUGCCCACAAGAACCCUGCCCGAAGCUCUGGAAACUGGGGGGACCCAGGGAGGGAAUGGCGCAGGCCCAGUUCCCACCUGCAUCUCCAGAGCUGGAGCCAGGGUCAGCCCUGCGAGAAGCCCCUGCAAUAAGCCCCUGCAUUUGCCAAGCUCCAAAGACUCCUUUCCUCAUCUGCCUGCCUGUCUGCCACCACAGGGCUGCCUGGGUGUCCCCAACUGCGUCUCCCUCCUGUUUGCCCUUGGGUCCUUUAUUUUCCUGCUUGGCACUGGGAGCCAGGGGUCCUGUUCCCCACUGUGGCUGGUAGAGGUCCUUGGCCCCCACAGUGGGCGAAGGGGUCACCAUCCUGGGUCACCUGGUCUUCUGCACUGAUUUGGUGUGCUCUCCCUCUGCCUCGGUGGCACUUCAGGCUUGUGGACAGAUGCUGGCAUGAGGCUGUUUCCUAAGCCCCAGGGCCGAGUCUUGCUUGACCCCAGAAGCGUUACGGAGGGCAUCCUGGUGGGGCCUCUGGAGCAAAUAGAGACCGGCCCAGACUGGGGCAGUGUAUGCUCGGGGGGUCCAGGCCUUGCUGGGCAGAGUGAGACCCUGUGUUCUGGUGGCUGCACCUUCACCAGCGACAGGAUCAGACCCUUGUCCACUCUUUUCCCCUCUGUCAUUUUGCAUGAAUGUGAGGAGCAGCAGUUUUUGUUCAUUCAUUUGGCCCAAAAUUGCGUGUAGGAUUUGGGGGUGUGGAUAUUUAUGACAGUUUUUUUCCUUUGAUUUAGUGGGGGGUACAGGGAUCAACCAGGACCGAAUGCCCAGCGGGCAGAAAAGGGCCAGGUCGCACCACCUGGCCCGCGUGCAUGUGUGCGGCUGGGGCUGGGCUGGGCAGCCGCGAUCGGAGGGCAGGGUUGGGGGAUUCUGUGCUCAGCUGAUAACUGCCAUGCACUGCACUGCACACGUCCCUAGAGCCUACUGGGACCGUUCGCUUUUCAGGGCAUUUCUCCCUCUCCAGCCAGGGUCUGCCUCCCACCUGCCUGGGUGAGUCUCCUCCAAGGAAUCCCCGGAGGACAGGGACCAGGGAGGCUGGGGACCUUCAGUCCCGGAGGCCCCUCCCAGCUGAUCCUUGCCCUUCAAGGUCUGGAGGCGGGUACCCUUUAGGGUCUGGCUGAGCUCCCCGCCCUCCUUCCCUGGUCCCAUUCCUUUCCCACCCCCAGCUGGGGUUGCUGCCCUGAAUGAACGAACCGCGUGUGGGGCCGGCACAUCCUAGCAGGCAGCCCUUGGCGCCUGCUGCCUCAGGGAUGCUCCAACCACCCUCGUUCUCCCCGCAGCGGCCCUGGCCCCUGCCUCCCGCCCCAGCCUGCCGUGGGACCCCUCAGCCUGGUCCCACCCCCAUGGAGAACCCAAAGUCUUAACUGUAUAUAAUUCCAGGUGACGUUUCUAUAUUUAUAGCAGUGUUGAAAAACCCACGUGUUUUACAGAGAACCACUCUCUCCAACCCCUCUCCCUUCCCCACCCCAACAAAAGGUUUUCAAAACCCUCACAGUUCCUGGGGCAGGCCGAAACAGGUUCACGGAUCGUGUGUCGUCUGCAGCAAUGAUUCCAGCAAGCAGCUACUGGGGGGGAACACAACAUUUUAAAAAAAAUCAUCAUAAAAAAAAAAAGAUUUAUGAAACAAUUAUUUAGGAUGUUUGUGAUUUGCUGACCUUGCUAUAGAUGCCAUGUUACCAAUGAUUUCCUGUGGUGGGGGCUUGUCAUUGUUUACUCUUUUAUUUACCAACUUCUGGCCUAGGCAUGACAGUGGGCACCUUCCCCCAGCCCCGGCUGGGCCCAGCGCCUGUGUUCUGUGUUAGAAAGUUUUUAUAUACGUAUAAUUACAUAUAUAUAUAUACAUAUAUGUAAUUGUGGGGGCCCUGUUCCUUGCACAUUUUACAGUUACCUCAUUUUUCCCAUGUAUGUAUUUGAGAAAAUGCUAAUAUAUAGAGAAAAAAAUGGUUCUUAAAGCUUAAAUGUGUGGUUUUUUCCAUUCCAUUGGAUUCACAUUGGUUUGUAGCAUUUAACAUAACUAGUAUGUUGUAUUAUAUAUAUGUGUAUACUGAUUGAAAUUUUUAACAGAUUUGUACUUUUUUUAAAAUGAAAGUUGCUAGUUCUGCUUGACCAAGUAGUGCAAUCAUUAUUUUUUUUAAUAUUGUUGCUGAUUUCAGAGGGAUAUUCACUAAUAAAUGUAUGAUGUAUACCAAGGA